UCUCUCUCUUCUCUUCACCACACAAUUUCCUCUUUCUCUUCCUUUCGAUAUUUCUACUCCUUUUCUCUAGCCUUUCAAUCAUCCGCAGCAACGAAAGGAGCUUCUGUCAGUCACUGUAUCGAAAACAUUAUCUGCGUCCAAGAUGAGCCAGUGCGUCCCCAACUGGGACCUCGACGAGAAUACCAAUUCAGCAAGGAUGGCGAUCCACGGAGACCUCAAUGCCGAAUCCACUCCCACUGAAGAAACCAUCAGGUUGGACUACGAAGUGGCGGAGCUGACAUGGGAGAACGGCCAGUUGGCCAUGCACGGCCUCGGCCCCCCUCGUGUGACAGGCAAACCGACCACUAAAUACGGGUGGGAGAAGCCACGCGCAGGAGGCACGCUCGAGUCUAUCGUCAACCAGGCCACGUGCGUGCCGCCUGGCAAGACGCCAGAGGAUCUCGUGCUGUGGCUCGACCACCACCGGGCGACCGCCAACCUGACCAUGGACGCUCUGGUCCCUUGCUCCAACCCUACCCACUCUGCGGACGAGAACUCGACGCAGGUACCGGAUCCAGACCCGACGAGCGGCGGGGCGUUAAGGCAUAUCGGAUCCUGGGUCGGGUCGUGCAGUGGAGUGGUGGGGAAGAGAAAGGAGGCAGCAGCUGCCACGGCUGCGGCCGCGAGGAAGCGGACGAGAGUCGCGAGCAGCCUCAACCAGAGCGUGAGCGGGAGCGAGACGUUCGGGAGGGAGAGCCGGCAAGUGACAGUUGACACGUGGGAGAUGGAUACGUCGCCGGGUUCCCACGAGAACACUAGCUCUAGGAAGCCGCUGUCCUCCCGAACUCGGCCUACGACCGUUGACGACCAUGACUCGGUAUCUCAUAGCAGACCUCGGAAGAAGGAAGCAGGAAGCGAGGAUGAGAACAAGGGAAAAACGGGAAGACGUUCGAUUUCUACCAAACGGAGUCGAGCUGCAGCAAUCCAUAACCAAUCCGAACGCAAAAGGAGGGAUCGAAUCAACCAACGGAUGAAAACGCUGCAGAAGUUGGUGCCGAAUUCCAGCAAGACGGAUAAAGCAUCCAUGCUUGAUGAAGUGAUAGAGUACCUGAAGCAAUUACAAGCCCAGGUCCAGAUGAUGACUAAGAUGAGUAGCAUACCUCACAUGAUGAUGCCCAUGACCAUGCAACAGCUACAACUAUCCAUGAUGGCCCAGAUGGGCAUGGGCAUGGGAAUGGGUAUGGGCAUGGGUGUCAUGGACAUCAACUCCAUGAACCGGUCCGGCCACGCUGCCACUGCCGCUGCAAUUCCUUCCAUGAUCCACCCAGCUGCCUACCUUCCCAUGACCGCCUCGUGGGACACUUCCGGCGACCGCUUACAUGCUUCGAGCGGAGUCUUGCCGGAUCCUUUUGCCACCUUCCUCGCCUGCCAAACACGGGUAAAUCAACAGCAGCCCAUGAAUUUGGAAGCUUACAAUAGAAUGGCAGCUUUGUAUCAACAGCUACAGAAUCAAUUCACACAACUCAAUUCGAAGACUUAGGAAGUGUGAGUAGAGUUAUAAUCAUAAUCAUGUGAGGUUCUCUAAGCCCGCAAGUGUGUAGAGCCCCGCCCAUCUUUAUGAAAGCACACGUGCUAGUAUGAUAGACAUGUGUGGGAUCUGAGAUUUCAAUCAGGUGGGCCACACUGAUUAGAUUUCCUGGCUUAAAAGUAAGGUAGUUUCAAUCCUUAGGUGGACCACGGAUUAACAAACCGACGGGUAAAACAAUUUUCUUUCGAAGCCCCGGGGUCCAGACAAUCCUGCCCACUUGUUGUGAAGUUGGGAUCUCUCACGUGUCUAAAAUACUGGCACGUGUGCUUGCUUGUAGAUGUAGGCUUUAAAAAACUGUAAUCAUCGAUGCUGAUAAGAGUUUCGCAUGUAUAUUUGUUUUAACGUAAUUGGAUUCAUUUGUUACUUGAGAUUUGUAAGCUCAUAAAAGCAAGUAUAGCCUUUUUGGAGUUUGUAUUA